AUGCUUUUGCAUAACAAUUGCUCUUUUCCAAAACAAGGGCUGUUCUAGUUAGGAGCAGGAUUCUUCUGGCUUUGUGGAGGCCCCUUCCAUUCCACUGGGGACUGAAAGUUGUGGAACCAUAAUUUGUGACAUCAGGGUGUGUGUGUUUUUGACAGACAGCCAUUUAUGAUUCCGAAUGAUUAAGGCAGAUAGGAAGCCCCUUCUGAGAGUUUAACAAAGCUCUCAGCAACCUACACCAUGGACAUAAAGCUGGACCCUUCUCGAGAUGACCUGCCUCUCAUGGCCAACACCAGCCACAUACUUGUGAAGCACUAUGUACUGGAUUUAGAUGUGGAUUUCGAAAGUCAAAUCAUUGAGGGCACCUUAGUACUUUUCUUUGAGUCUGGAAACAGAUACAGGAAAAAGAGUGGUUCCACUGAGGAAACCUGCCAAUCAGAGUCAAAUGAAGCCUGCAAAUUUAGGACGCCGGAACCCUGCCUUGUUCCUGUGACAAAUACAAGGACCUUCUCAUCUAAAAUGGGAUACAGUGAUUUUGCAAUCUGUGAUGAAGGUGAAAGAGAUACUUCUGGUAAAGAUGGUAACCAUGACGACCAGGAACAGGCUUCUGGGAUUUCUAGCUGGAAGCAGUGCUGUGACACAGGGAAUCAUGGGAGCGAGGAUUUCUUGCUGGUGUUGGACUGCUGUGAUUUAUCUGUGUUAAAGGUUGAGGAGGUGGAUGUUGCUGCUGUGCCAGGUAUUGAAAAAUUUACAAGGUCUCCCAAGCUCACGGUUGUUUCUGAGCUCAGGAAUCAGAUUGUACGUGAACUUGUGACUCUGCCUGCGGAUCGGUGGAGGGAGCAGUUAGACUAUUACGCUCGCUGCAGCCAGGCUCCUGGCUGUGGGGAACUCCUGUUUGACAUUGACACUUGGAGCUUACAGAUCAGGAAGACAGGGGCUCAGACAGCUACUGACUUUCCUCACGCCAUAAGGAUAUGGUACAGAACCAAACCCCAGGGGCGAUCAGUUACAUGGACCUCAGACCAGAGUGGCAGGCCAUGUGUUUAUACUAUGGGAUCUCCAGUAAACAACAGGGCCCUUUUUCCAUGCCAGGAGCCACCCGUUGCCAUGUCAACAUGGCAGGCCACAGUCCGAGCAGCUGCAUCUUUUGUUGUUUUAAUGAGUGGGGAAAAUUCUGCCAAGCCAACACAGCUUCGGGAAGGGUGCUCAAGCUGGCAUUACUACGUAACCAUGCCAAUGCCAGCCUCCACCUUCACAAUUGCAGUGGGACCCUGGAUGGAAGUGAAGCCAGAGACCUGCUCACUAAAUGCUCUGGCAGCAGAGAGGUCCCUCUCACCUUCCGAGGCUGACUCUAGGUGUGUUGGCAUUUGUGGCCACAUGGAAUACCCCUGCCGCUUUCAGAAUGCUUCUGCCACCACCCAGGAGAUCAUUCCUCAUCGGGUCUUCGCCCCAGUUUGCCUCGAAGGUGCCUGCCAAGAGACCCUUCUGCAGCUGGUCUCUCCUUGCCUCGCAGCAGCACACUCUGUCCUGGGGACCCACCCAUUUUCCAGGCUGGACAUACUCAUCGUUCCUGCCAACUUUCCAAGUCUGGGGAUGGCCAGCCCACACAUCGUCUUCCUCUCGCAGAGCGCCGUGACCGGAGGCAGCCAUCUCUGCGGGACCCGCCUCUGCCAUGAAAUCGCUCACGCCUGGUUUGGCCUUGCCAUCGGCGCCCGUGACUGGACGGAGGAGUGGCUGAGCGAAGGGUUUGCCACUCACUUGGAAGAUGUAUUCUGGGCCAGAGCCCAGCAGCUGGCCCCCCACGAGGCCCAGGAACUGCAGGAGCUGCGGGCUUGCCUGCACUGGCGGCGCCUCCAGGACGAGGUGCGGAACUCCCCGGAGCAGCUGCAGGUGUUGAGACCCAAUAAAGAGAAAACUGGCCAUGUGAGUGACUCAGGAUCAUCUGUCAUCAAACAUGGGCUCAAUCCAGAGAAGGUCUUCAUGCAGGUUCAUUAUUUAAAGGGCUAUUUCCUUCUCCGGCUCUUUGCCAGAAGACUUGGACACGAUGCCUAUUUUUCAUUUUUAAGGAAAUUUGUGCACACGUUUCACGGGCAGUUGAUUCUUUCCCAGGAUUUCCUUCAAAUGCUGUUGGAGAACAUCCCAGAAGAAAAAAGGCUUGAUUUGUCUGUCGAAAGCAUCUGCCGAGACUGGCUUGAGAGUCCCGGACUCCCACAGCUCCUUCCAGACCAGCUGGUCCUGCUUCUGGAGCAUCUGUUGGAGCAGAAGACCCUGAACCCUAGAACUCUGCAAAGCCUCGAAAGGACAUACCACCUCCCCCAGCAGGAUGCAGAGGUUCGCCAUCGGUGGUGUGAGCUCAUUGUUAAGCACAAAUACACAAAAGCGUACAAAAACGUGGAGAAGUUCCUUCAGGAGGAUCAGGCCAUGGGCAUCUACCUCUACGGGGAGCUGAUGGUGAGUGAGGACACCAGGCAGCAGCAGCUCGCCCGGAGCUGCUUCGAGCUGACCAAGGAGCAGAUGGAUAGAUGCUCAGCCCAGGUGGUGGCCGAGAUGUUGUUUUAAAAGCCUAGGUUUCUGUGUCCUGCAGCCCCGGCGGACCGUGUGGGCAGCUCCCAGCCGAGGCACUGCUUCUACGGGCUGUCGAUUGGACCCGCCCUCCGGUGCCUACUGAGCUGAUAUCAGUUCUCAUUUUACACACUGGCUCAGUUCAGCAGGAACAGGAGUCGAGCCCUCGAGCAAAAAGCCUUCCUGUUCGUAAGUGCCUGGAGGCUCAGGAGCUGGGACUCCACUCAGCGAAGACAGGCCACAGCACGCCAGCCACCAGACCCCAACAUCUGUAUGUGCUCCUGUGGUGUGGAUGUUGGUAGAAUCAGACAGCUCUGAGGGCAGAUGGUGCCGCACAUGUGACGCAAACAGCCCACCCGCAUCUGUCAUGGGUCGUCCAGGCUGAAAGCAGUGGGAGUGAGUGCGGGUCUGACGUGGGCUCUCCGGUGUCUCCUUGUCAAGGAGCCUGAGUCUCAGCACUGGCUUUCACAGCCACAUGUGCGCACGGCUGGCAGCUGGUUCCCUGUGAACCCCAUUCCCAGGGCUGUGAGACGUGGCCUUGGUCUCCUGUCCUGCACAGUCGUAUCUCCAGAGUGAGAGGCACACACAAAGGUCCUCGUUUACAAGAAUUACUCUUGUGAGCAGGCAAUAAAUUUUAUUGCUGUUUCUUUGCAGGAAAGAUCACAGUGAGAUUCUUUCUCGUAAUCUCGUAGCCAUGGUGGGACCAGGAUCACAUGGACUCUCGACAUCAAAGGAAGGUGACAGGGCUGCUGAGCCUCCAGCGCCCGGGUCUCGGUGCUUCUUUCCAGAGGCUGCUGUCAGCCGAAUGCAAGUGAAACAGCCUCCAUGGGGCUAUGGGGUCUUGUGCCUGCCCCGGAAGUGCCACCGCAACACACUGAACCUGCAUAGGGUCUGAGUUUAAGGCAGUUCCUCACACAAGCGACUAAAGAUACCUGAGAUGUGGCAAAGACACAUCAGUCCCCUCGGCACGCGGCUGCAUCGAGUGUUUGUAUAAUUCCAGAAAGUCAUUUGUGCUGGGCCAGUGAGCGCCAUUCGAUGGUCUCCUCUGGGUCAUUUCAGACGGAUGCUACACAGUUAUUUUGACUGAUAGUUCCAUUAUUUACAUAUUUCCCAAAAUUCUAGUUCCUUUUGGUGAAAGUACAGGGUAAGAAUCUAAGAUGUGUUAAUAAAAUGUAAUGGAUUAAUA